AGCGGCCUCGUGAACUUUCGACUGGACGAGGAGUGCGACAAGGCCGAGCGGAUUUUGGCGAAGAUGCUCGCGUCUCCCACGACGGGCCCGCCGACGCACGUGCUCCGCCGCGCGCGGGGCCUGGCGUUUCUCCGCGUGACGAAGGCGGGCUUCGCGCUGAGCGCGCGCUUCGGCACGGGCUGCGUCGUCGCGCGGCUCGGCGACGGGUCGUGGUCCGGCCCUUCGGCGAUCGGCACCGUCGGCGCGUCCGUCGGCUUCCAGUUCGGCGCGCAGGUCGCGGAUUUUCUGAUCGUGCUCAACGACGACCGGGCGCUCCAGUCCUUCUCCGGCGGCGGCGCCUUCUCGCUGGGCGGCCAGAUCGGCGCCGUCGCGGGACCCGUCGGCGCGUCGCGGGAAGGCGCGGCGUCGAUGACGCUCGACAACCUGGCGCCCAUCUACACCUACUCCAUCUCCAAGGGCCUCUUCGCCGGCAUCUCCAUCGAGGGCACGGUGAUCAACGAGCGCAACAGCGUCAACGAGCGCCACUACGCCUUCCCGGGCGUCCGCGCGCGCCAGGUGCUCGCGGGCGACGUGCCG